AUGAUUAGAAUAGAAAUGAGUGAAUUUACCUCCCCAGGAAGUCGAUUUCUUUUACAAAAUGCAGAAGAUCUGGAUGUAGGUAUUAAUUCUCUAAUAAGCUACACACUCAGUAAAAACCAAUAUUUUUCUCUUGGAGAGAAAAUCAGCUCUGAUGGCAGUGUAUUUCUAGAGCUUAUACUAGAGAAACCUCUAGACCGAGAGACACAAGACAAGCAUGAACUCAUUCUAACAGCUUCUGAUGGUGGAAAUCCCUUACAGACAGGCACUGCCUUAAUUAAUAUCAUUAUCACUGACUUCAAUGAUAAUUUACCAGUAUUUACACAAGAUGUGUAUAAAGUAAGUGUUAGGGAAAAUAUACCAGUGAAUUCAACAAUUCUGCGGGUCAGUGCAAAUGAUGAAGAUAAAGGAAUCAAUGCAGACAUUACUUACACUAUUAGUACCACAGCAAAUGAUAUUCUCCAGACUUUUACUAUCAAUCCAAAAAAUGGAGAGAUAAAAAGCAAAGGACAUUUAGAUUAUGAAAUGUCAAGGUUUUAUGAAAUUGCAGUGCAAGCAGAAGAUGGAGGAAGCUUAGCAACCAAAGCCAAGGUUUUAAUAGAAAUCCUAGAUGUCAAUGACAAUGCCCCUGAGAUAUCCAUAACUUCAUUGUCAGAUCUUAUUCCUGAGGAUUCCAUCCCUGGAACUGUGGUUGCACUAAUUAAAGUUCAUGACCGUGACUCUGAAGAAAAUGGUGAUGUUCAAUGUUUAGUAAAAGGUGAUGUGCCAUUUGAAAUUAAAUCAUCAGGAAGUAAUUUUUAUAAAAUUGUUACAAAAAGUAUUCUAGAUAGAGAAGAAUUAUCAUCCUACAACAUCACUAUACAGGCCUCAGACAAGGGGUCUCCUGAAAUGAGUUCUAGAAAAGUUAUUAGCCUUCAUAUAUCAGACAUCAAUGACAAUGCACCAGUGUUUGAGAAGUCAGAAUAUACCUCCUUUGUCUCAGAAAAUAACUCACCAGGAGCUUCACUAUUUAGUAUUCAAGCAAGAGAUUUGGACAGUGUAGAUAAUUCUAAAAUAACAUAUUCUAUAAUAAAUAGAAGUAAUGAAGAUCUCCUGUCUACCUAUAUCUCCAUGAAUCCAGUAACUGGGGUCAUCUAUGCUCAACGUUCAUUUGAUUAUGAGAAGCAUCAAGAAGUUAAUAUCCAAAUCAUUGCCAAAGACAAUGGAUACCCAUCUCUAAACAGCAGUACAAUAUUAAGAAUAUGUAUAGUAGAUCUGAAUGAUAAUUCACCCAUCAUUUUGUACCCAUCACCAGAGAGUGAUAGCUCAAUAUUUGAGAUUGUUCCUUGGACCUCUGAACAAGGAUCUUUAGUAUCUAAAGUGGUGGCAAUGGACGCUGACUCUGGACACAAUGCCUGGUUGUCUUACUUUUUGCAAUCUUCAGAACCAUCACUCUUCACCAUUGACCAGCACACAGGGGAGAUCAGGACAUCACAUGUAUUUCAAGAAAGAGACAUCAUGAAACAUGGAAUUGUGGUUCUAGUAAAAGACAAUGGGAUUCCAUCACGGUCCACUUCAGUGACUAUAAACAUGGUAAUUACUAAUAAUUUUCAUCAGGUCCUUCCUGAGCUAAACAGUCAGUCUAACAAAGAAGAAUCUCAGUCCAACCUACAAUUCUAUUUGGUAAUAGCCUUGGCAUUGAUAUCCUUUCUAUUCAUGUUGACUGUAAUUAUCACAGUUGUCUCAAGGUACAGAGAGUCAAAGUCUUUCACCACAUUUGGAUCAAUGACUUCAAGUCUAUAUCCACAGGUUGAUCCUAGAUUUAUUCCUCAAUUUAACAAUGGCACUUUACCUCUGCCAUAUUCAUAUGAUGUUUGUGUAACAUUGGAUCCAAAUGACCAGGAAUUUGCCUUCCUUAAACCUCAACACAAUGUGCCUGUGGACAGUCUUUUAGAUGCUGAUGAUUCAGGUAUCGAAAGUAAAAAUGUAAAGACUUACUCAGCAGUAGAAACAAAGGUAUGUAUUUGA